AUGAACGGUACAAACAUCCUUCCCAGUCAGAAUGCAAUAGGUUCGCGGCCAGCCAAACCUCCUCCAACGGGUCUCGCUCCUUCUGCGCCUUCCGUCGCGCCUCCGCUUCUUCCUAAUCAUCCGAAUUCACCCAGUCCAAAUCGAACUCUACCACCUCAUUCCAAUAACGCCGUUGUUAAUGGGAAUUAUACACACAAUCAGAAAGGAAAGAAAAAGAAUGAUACGCCUGUCGAUCCUGCUGCCAUGUACGAGUCUCUGAAGAGCAGGAUCGCAGCUCUGGAAGAGGAGGAGGUGCUCGAGGAGGAGGAGGAGAAGAUAUUUGCCGAGGAGGCUGUAAAGUCGGUGAAAGGCAUGGAGGAGAAUGCAGUUCAUGCCAAGUACAUUGAACUCUUCGCAGAACUAAAGCGAUUAGAACGCGACCAUGCAAAGGAAAAACAGAAAUUGGUCAAGGACAAGGAUUCUGCAAAGAGUCAACUGACGAAGGCUAACCAGACUAAAGUUAAAAUGGAGAAUUUGGCACGCGAGCUCCAAAAGGACAACAAAAGACUACGGGAGGACAGUAAACGUCUAGCACAAUGCAUAGAAGAGGCACAAGAAGAGAUAAUGCAAAUGAAAUCCGACAUGGCAAAACGAGUGGACAAAGCCAAAACGCAAGACGUCAAAUAUCGCGAAAUGCCUGACAUUGUUGUGAAAGUAGUCUGCCGAUAUCGAGCCGAGCUCUUCUUCAAAAUCUCACGCAAGACCAAGUUCUCCCGACUGUUCAAUGCGUGGACGGACAGAAUGGAGGUGACAGGCGGGAAGAAGGACGAGGGAAAAACAUCGGUGAGCGGGAAGCAGAUGAAUGGCAGUGCCAAGUCGGAAGCCGCCAGCACGCACACCGUCGGAUCCAAUGCGUCAUCUUCCAUGCAAUUCAUUUUCUCCCACAAUGGUCGGACAAUAGAUGCAGACCAGACACCAGAAGAGCAGGGAGUAGAAGACGGAGAUGAGAUUCUUGCUGUAGAGCUCAUGGACCUUACCGAAGGACCUGGGCUGGAUGACUGGAGAUGUACUAUACAGGAUGACCUGCCAGAAUCUCGUCGUCAGCGCCUCAGGAAGAACUGGACGGAUGAUCCACAAGACGCUCGGCGGUCAUUAGAAGAUAUCUUCGAUGGCGUCGUACGAGAACGACUGAAGGAAGUUCUCCGACAGUAUGAGCUUCGGGAACGACAUUUUGAAUGUGUUAUCCGUUCAAAAGAACUAGAGGUUCUCCUAUCUCGCGCUCGAGCAGCCGAGCAGAAGCAACUGGCUGAGGGGGAGAAAUCCCGUGCCGACAGAGUGGACGACGAGAAUCAGAAUCUCCGAAAGGAGUUGGAAGAUGCGCAGAACGGACAAACAAUGUUGAUCGAUAAGCUCAUUACCUGCUGCAAGGAGGUGUUGCGUCUUCGAUUUGACGUACCGAUACAGCCAAAUGCCGAGCGGACCCAACGCCUAUUCGCUUCUCUUCGAGAUGAGUUGGAAAAGCGGGGAGCCAAACUUGCAGAUGGCGGCCCUGUAGGAGGUUGA